AAGAGUUCUAAAAAUCCAUUUAUCUACCUUCCAGCGAUGUUUUAUUUUCUGGCCCAUAAUCCGGCCAUACUCCACCGGUUCCUACGGCCCUCAAAUCACCCAAACAAAUCACGAUCACUUACCUUGUUAUCUCGCAAUCUCUCACCAUUAAUCACGGGAUCUUAAGCGCGUAUCGAGUUGGCAGAAACACUCCCUUCUAAGUUCAUAUCUUCGGCCCAAAUUAUGCGAGUUUACAAAAAUAAAGCACACGACUAAACCCUAUAUUAUGAUGCUCUACUUGUUUCUAGCACACAUCUCUCACCAAAUCGUCCCUUACUUAUCGAGCACCGGCUUUUGGAAACUCGCCGCCACCACCGCACGCUAUUCCGGUCAAGCCGUCGGUGUCGAGACGGGCAUCGAUCGAGGUUACAGGUUUAUCUCUGAGAAGGCUGGGGAAGAGAGCUCAGGGGAUGAAACACUCACAGGAUUUUUAUAAAAUUAAUAAUGUUUUUUUUUUGUGUAAUUAUUGUAAACUAUUGUAACGUUUUAAGUUAUUUAAUGGAAUGACGUUUGAUUUUGAUUACUGUUAUAGUGACACGUCAGCCCUAGUCGGGGCGGGGUGUUACAAUUAUGGUAUCAGAGCUCGGGCUCUUUCCUGUCGAAAAAUAUUUUUUUUUUCAAAAAUAAAUAAAUAAAACAUGUGAGGUAAUGGGUAUACAUCGGGCUAGAAUAUUUUCCUCUUAUAUCACCAUUGUACACUAUUCUUGUAGAUGCCUCCGAUUAGAAAAACUAGCCGUCGUAGUUCGAGCACAUCGUCUAAGCGUCGCAACCUUAACAGUGCAGUCCAACGUGUUGUCGAAGGAAUGCUCCCUAAUAUGAUGCAAACUAUUACUCAAAACAUGUGUGCCGAGUUACUCCCAAACCUCAUGCAGACUGUUAUGCAACAAGUACGUGAAGAAAUGAACGACAAGGCACCUCCGACUCCUCCUCGUUCGCCAACGCCUCCCCGUUCGCCAACCCCACCACGUUCGCCAACCCCACCUCGUUCGCCACCCAAAGCCAAGAAAGAGAAAGAAACCGUUUCACCACCCAUUGUUGACAUUCACAAAUGGCUCUCAAGAUAUCUAAAGCAACAUCCCCGAUCCUUUAGCUCUAGUGCUACACCGAUAGAAACACAAAAUUGGAUUGAUCACAUGGAGAAAAUUUUUGAAGCCUUAGGAGUGAGUGAUGAGUUCAAGGCGAGAUUGGCUGCUUACAAGCUGGAAGAUAACUCCCAAACGUGGUGGCGAACUGUUAGACGCUCAAGAGGUGGUGAUACAUUUGCUGCUACAUCACAUGGGAGGGUUUCAAGACAUUGUUCUACCAACAAUAUUUUCCGGUUGCAUUCAGGGAGGAAUACAUUUGAGAGUUUGCAUCGAUUAAAACCAAUGUCAGAAUUCAUGGAACGGUUCACAAGGCUUGAUAGUUCGUUGGAUCUGAAGCUGGGACCCCAGCUGCACAAGCCCAGAAAUUGAAAUGGGCUCUAUGUGAAACGGUUAAAUGGUUAAAUGUGAAUCAAGAAUUUAAAGAUGUCACUGAAGUAGCAAAUGCAGUACAAAACCUUGAAAUUGCAAAUAAGUCAAUGAAACUGCAAUACGGUGGGAACCUCAUGAAUAAUCCCACCCUAAUCUCUGGACAAUCCUCUUCUCAAACCCCAACCACUGCACACCAAAAGUCAAAUUCCAAUCGGAACAAUGGGAACCAACAUGGGGGUUCUCAAAGCAGUAAAACUACUCCUCCGCAAAACCAGCAACAAUCUCGCCCCUUAUGCAACACAUGCGGGAGACCCCAUGACGGCGUAUGCCUAAAACUCACAGGAGGUUGUUUUAGAUGUAAACAACCCGGACAUUUAUCCAGGAACUGCCCACAUCCACCAAAGUACACUGGGAAGAAUACUGAUACACAUGCAACUGGGGCAAACACAGUGCCGUGCACUACCGGUGGGAGAGUGUUUGCUUUAACCGCUGACAAUAAACCAACGGAGCUUGCAAAGAAACACCAUGGAUACGAUGUGAUUGGUCAAGAACCAUAAGAAAAAGGCUUCCCUAGUUUAAAUUCUUGUCAUUUGAUUUUAAAGACUUUGUCCUUUCUUAUU